AUGAUCAUCGACCCUCCAAAUGGUGCCAAUACCAAACUAGGUGGAUAUGAUUUCUACCGUGAGGUGCUCAAGAGCCCGAAAUAUGUCGUUGCUCCUAUGGUUGAUCAAUCUGAAUAUGCAUGGAGAAUUCUCUCACGACGAUAUGGAGCUCAGCUAUGCUACACUCCCAUGCUCCACGCUCGUCUCUUUGCAGAACAGCACUCGUAUGCCCCUGAAUUCUUUACUACUGGUGAAUUUGAUAGGCCAUUGAUCGUCCAGUUCUGUGCAAACGACCCCAAAAUCCUCCUCAAAGCCGCCCUCGCCGUACAACCAUACUGUGACGCAGUCGACAUCAACCUCGGAUGUCCGCAAGGCAUCGCUCGAAAAGGCCAUUACGGCGCAUUCCUCAUGGAAGACUGGAAACUAAUCGCGUCCAUGAUUACAAUCCUGCAUGAAAACUUGAACAUACCCGUCACGUGCAAGAUACGUGUAUAUCCUGAUGUGAACAAGAGCAUCGAGUAUGCCAAGAUGGUACAGGAUGCGGGAUGUCAGUUGGUUACUGUGCAUGGCAGGAUGAGGGAGCAGAAGGGACAGUUUUCGGGGGUUGCAGAUUGGGAGCAGAUUAGGAGGAUCAAACAAGAGUUGACUAUACCUGUAUUUGCCAAUGGGAAUAUCCUCUACUAUGAAGAUGUGCAGGCUUGUUUGGAUGCUACUGGUGCUGACGGGGUUAUGAGCGCAGAGGGAAACCUAUACAACCCAGCGCUCUUCGCAAACAAGUAUCCUGUCAUAUACGAAAUCGCUCAAGAGUUCCUCGACAUUUGCACGUCAACACCCAAAUCAUCAAACCUCGGAUGCAUAAAAUCCCACCUCUUCAAAAUCUUCCACCCAGUAAUCAUCGCAUACCCCGACUUACGCGAACAACUCAACAAUGUCGCAACCAUGGCCGACUGCCAGAUUCUCAUCGACAGUUACAAGAAACGAAUGCAGCCAUUGGUCAAAGUCAUCAAAACGUUCGGGACUGAUGAAGGAGGAUAUAUGGUUAUUCCAGAGUACUUGUGUCAGCCUUAUAUCCGUGACCCAACGUUGGGAAGGAAUGGGAAGGCCGUCAAGAAUGGAGAUGGUGUUGAAGAUGGUGAUGCUGGAGUUGAUGUGAAUGGGAAACGCAAGUUGGGAGAUGGUGGUGAUGGGCCUGACAAGAAAGGUGAUUUAGGAGUCAAAGUCAACGAUCUCUGUCGAUGUGGCGUCAACCUCGCCUCCAAUCGCUGCACUCAAGGCCUGUGUCGUGCAUGUUGUGGCAAACUUGGCACAUCACUCAACAAACGACAAUUACAACGUCAGAAAUUGAAGGCUAGAGCUGGAAACGGUGGUAUGGUCGUUGAUGAAAAUGAGAUUGAUUGGGUUUGUCAACCUCAUAUGACACGACGAAAGUAG